AUGGUUGAAGACUUGAAGACGGUCAAUUCGAACAGCGAGGUCGGGAGCAGCUUUGUUAUGGAGGCAUUUACGCAGAUGCAGACCAGGCAUGAGGACUUCCUGCGACAGUUACAAGAGGCUCAGCAGGCUUCUGUUACGAUUUUGUUCAAAAUGGUCACAGAGGAGGACCAACGCCUGCAGAGGCUACGAGAGGAGCUUGGACUUUGUGGGGACUUGGAAAAACGCUGGAGAAAGGCGGUUGAGCAGUGCAGCCUGAAAAACCUAGAAGAGAAUUGGCUUGGGCCUGGGGUACAAUCUCAACUCGAGGGAACCAUCACAUCGCUACAGGCCACAGUUGAAACCUUGAAACACCGCUCAGAGAUACUGGAGGACGACAACGCUAGGCUUCGAAUCCGCUUGCAGCAGCACGAAAGCGAGAAGGGACAUGGACGAGGCCCAAUGAAAAAUCAGUGGACCGACGCUAUGGGUGACCACAGAGUUUGCUAG